ACUCUGCCGUGGGAUGCUGGUAAUUAAUCAAUACAAUGCACAGGGUUAGUGAUGUGAUUGAGGGGAGCCUAGAUGUUAUAUGAUUGAUAAAGAAAUCUGGUUUGAAUUGGAAGGCAACGGUACAAAACAAAGUGGCUAGAUUUGAAAAUUUCAUUAAUGUCGCUGUUCUUGACUGUGGGUUAAAAUAUAGGAGGGCGGCCAUGGCAGGGAUUAAAAAAAGGGUUUCAACAAAUCCAAAAUAAUGUCUCUGAAAAUGACCAGAAAUUUGACAUUGUGAAAAAUGACUCGUGGAGAAAAGAAGCAAAUCCAUGCUGUUUUGGCAAUGGGUAUGCAUGAAAUGAAAUCAUUAGAUCCUAGGUAAUCAAGAUAGAGUAGUAGGAUCUGUUUUCCAAACAUGGGUAGCAGUGGGUUUUGCUCCCUCAGAGGGUUUUGUGCAGAAGCAAGUUAGAGGUUUGUCUGAUAUUAAAUUUGGGCAGCAGUUAAAGAGUAGAGAAGAGUAGUGGGUGGUGGUAUGGGCCCUCUAUAAAAACAAGACAAAUUUUUUGUGCAGCAGUUAAGAGUAUAAAGCAGAAGUAGGUGGGGCAUGGGCCCUCCAUAGCAUCAGACAAAUUUCAGGCAAGAGAAAUGCCAAGCUGAAGCACACCAGGAAAUUGAAGGGGCAACUUAUUCAGAGAGACAAUUAUUUGCUUCAGAUUAGAUGUAUGGGAAAGGGCAUUGGAGGAGACCCAGAUCAACAGGAGGAUUGUUAUUUUUGUCGGUGGAGUUUCAAAGAUUUCUCUUUUUCUAUGUUGAAUUUGUUACCAAAUCAAUCCUACAGAAGCUUGCUAGUUAUUGUAACAGAGGAAAACUAGAUAGACUCUAUGAUAUGGUAACUCAUAGUCUAAUUAUUCUGCUUUCAUAUCAUGCUCUCUUCUUUUUGAUGAUUGGUCAUAUAGUUUGAUCUGAUACGUUGAAGAAAUAAGUCCACACAGCUAGAAGCUAUGCAGAAUUCGUAAUCUAGUUCUACUUCUAAGUCCUAAAUACAUAUGUAGAGAUAUAUAAUUACAGUCUGGUAUAUAGAGGUUUCGAAAAAGUUUAGAGAGGAUGAUGAAUGGCGGAUAGGAGGCCUGUUACAGAAAUACCCACUUCUUCAAACCAGCAAGUAUUGUUAUCACACGGCAUGCUUCAAGGGUUUCCAUCCUCCUGUUCUACCGCGAACUUCAUAUCAAGAAGCACUGGAUUGGAAGCUUUCAAAGACCACCAUGAAGCAUAUGAUCUUACAGAGCUGGAGAGGGCUCUCAUCUUGAACCAAGAACAAGAUCGUUCAGGCCUUGCAGAAAGACAAGGCUUUGGGAUUCGCCCACCUACGCUCACCAUAUUUCCUUCAUGGCCAAUGCAAUUUGAGGCAUCUCCAAAGGCCACUACAACUCAAUCUUUAGAGAGUACAGAUACGGGAUCUGCGCAGUAUAAAGGAGAUCCUCAAGUUGAGUUAGAGUCGGCAAAUACUGUGCAAGUGCAGGAACCUCAACUGUUCUCUGACAUGGCGGGAAACAGUACCCGCACAGAAACGUCCAAUGAGAUGGACAGGGAUUCAAAGCCUGAGAAAAAUCGUAGAGGUCCAACUUCCAGCUCUGAACACGAGGCCUCAAAGACACUCGAUGCCAAGACUUUGAGGCGGCUUGCUCAGAAUAGAGAGGCAGCACGGAAAAGUAGACUGAGAAAGAAGGCCUAUGUUCAGCAGCUAGAAUCAAGUCGAAUGAAGCUCAGUCAGAUUGAGCAAGAUCUUCAGCGAGCUAGGGCACAGCAGGGUCUAUUCAUAGGAGGUUCACUUCUCAACGACCAAGGGUAUUCAGGUGCAGGUGGCCUUGUCAAUGUUCCUUUAAGCUCAGGUGCCGCAAUGUUUGACAUGGAGUACUCAAGGUGGGUAGAGGAACAACACCGUCAUAUGAGCGAUCUAAGGGCAGCAUUGCAAGCACAUCUUCCAGACAAUGACCUGCGCUUAGUUCUGGACAAUUGUCUUUCUCACUAUGAUGACGUUUACCGUUUGAAGAGCAUUGUUGCCAAAACAGAUGUAUUCCACUUGGUUUCAGGCAUGUGGAAAACGCCUGCAGAAAGAUGUUUCAUGUGGAUGGGUGGAUUCCGCCCCUCUGAGCUUCUCAAGAUCCUGAUCCCUCAACUGGAGCCCUUGACAGAGCAGCAAUUUUUGGGCAUCUGUAAUCUACAACAGUCCUCACAGCAAGCAGAGGACGCUCUUUCACAAGGCAUGGAAGCUCUCCAACAGUCUCUCUCAGAAACCAUUGCAGCAGGUUCUCUGAGCUCGCCUUCCAAUGUGGCAAAUUACAUGGGACAGAUGGCAAUCGCCAUGGGUCAGCUUGCCAAUUUGGAAGGUUUUGUGCGACAGGCAGACAAUCUGAGACAGCAGACACUGCAUCAAUUGCACCGACUUCUCACAACACGUCAAGCUGCCAGAUGCCUUCUUGCCAUUGGAGAAUAUUUCACCAGACUACGGGCCCUCAGCUCUCUCUGGUCUGCUCGUCCAAGAGAGCGUUUAUUGGUUGAUGGAAGCUGUUCGCCUGCAACAACUACUCCAUCGCAUGACAAUUAUUUCUCCACUUCAUGAAAAAAAUUCACACGCUUAGUUGUUAUUGGGAUUUUGACUCGUCCCAACCAGAUCUCCAUUUAUUUGUUAAUUGAUUACUAUAGUAAAAACUUUAAGUCCUGUAUCUUAUUCUUCAUCAGCAGCUCAGAAAUUCACGUACAUAUUUCUAUUAUGUACUUGUAUAGCAUUCCCCAUACGAUGUAUUAAGUAGAGCCGGGAAAAGUUCUGUUAAAAAAAGAGAUAUUACAGUAAAACAAUUUGAGAUGGGGUUGAGACAGCUCGCAGCCCCAGUGAUAGCGUGCGAUCCGCUGAUGGGGAAUAUAUGCAUAUCUUAAAUGGUCGACUGGUUUAAUGGGCAGUUCUUUUAUUAUUGCUCACCAUAUACUAGUUGUUAUUAGAUAAGUAGAUCAGACGAAAGCAGUGACGCCAUAUACUGGACAAGAUUAAGUAUUUUUAAGCUCAUUAUAUUAUUGUUCUGGACAAGCAUUAGUAUUAAAAUAGAGAAAAAGUCGGUGGCCUGACCAAUUCAUUGUAGAAAUCCGUUUGUUAUUAAUUCAAUAAUUUGAUCCGUUUUUUACUUA